GCCGGAAGAAUCCCGCGGCAAGACAUCUGACAAGUCGCGGGGUGUCAGGCAGCAGUAAAGUUCCCGACGUGUUUCGUCGCGGCCACAUGCUCACCCCUUUGUCCAGCGCCGCCUCGUUGGUGACAGCGCAGCGCAUGCUACUGGCCAUAACGGCACAGAGUCAGGCAAAUGAGACAGAACUGGUUGUGUUGAGCGUCGUUCGCAGUGACGGCUCCUCGCACCAUCUGCAAACCGCCGCGAGCACAUGGCGCGGAGCUGCAGCUUUGGGCACCGCAAAAGGAAAUGCAAACGUCCGGCUGAAGUGCACGGGAUGAAGGGAGGCAUGGGUAUCAGGAUUGCCCUCUCCCGAUCCCCGAGUUGAUCAACAACGUGAACUUGUCUGUUUUAAGCAACUGACUGUGCUUAUCCGGCAAAGUUUUUUCGCGGAAGCGGCCGUGGCGUAGCAGUGAGUCGUGGGGGAUGGCGGCCGUGUUGUGACUGUGACAUUCCUGUCUGUGUGCUUUUUCAGGGUUACGAAGGGAGAAAGC